CAUAGAGAUAGAGUAGUGCCUCUGUUUCUUCUGAAUUUGUUUCCUCGCUCAGCCAAUCGCGUCCCUCUCCCGAGUUCCAAGGCGUUCCUUCUUCUUCUUCUUGUUCCUCCCCUCCCCUCCUCUGUUUUGGUAUUGAAGCCGCCCUCUGGUUGCAGGCAGCAGAGGGCAGACCGCCCCCUUUUUGUUAUCCUGAAACAACCAGAGCCACACAAAGGCCUGGGCAUUGCUGCUGGCUUCAGAGAACGUGCUCAUGCCGAAUUUAGUUUUUUUUCCUUCUCGUUUCAAGUGCUUAUUUCCAGAUGUGCUCUGCUCAAUCAUCACAUUUCUUGAUGCCAGAUACUAGUAGCUGCUGGCACAUUAUUCAGUUGCUAAUUAUUUGUCUCACCGGUUGCUGUGCGUCUUUUAGCAGCCCAGUACUGAUUUGUAGGAAGAGUGGCAUCACUUUGUUUGUUGAUCUUGAGGGUCAGUAAGACCAUGUAUUGAUUGAUCCUGUAUGCUGCCAUGGACACUUUGCAGGUGGUAAUUUUUGUCAAGGUUGUUGUUACCAUGGAGGUCAACGGUCGUCACAAGCCUACAAGAGAGUAUAUCGACAGAGGGUGCAAUGGUGUAAAAUCGCCCAAUAAUUUCGGCGAAGUUGAUCCCUGGACCGCGUGGGCGUACAGACCACGGACCAUCUCGUUGUUACUCAUGGGAACCUGCUUUUUAAUUUGGGCAAGUGGUGCUCUUAAUCCAGAAGGAAGCUUCUCUGCUGACCGUGUCUCAUCUGUAAAAAGGGGUGUCUUUGCGAUGAUUGCUGUUUUCUUGGCUUAUUCUUUUCUUCAGGCACCUUCAACUGUGCUCAUCAGACCACAUCCUGCAAUUUGGCGGCUGGUCCAUGGGAUGGCAGUUGUUUACCUUGUGGCCCUCACAUUUUUGCUUUUCCAGACUCGUGAUGAUGCUAGGCAGUUCAUGAAGUACCUUCACCCUGACCUUGGUGUUGAAUUACCUGAAAGAUCCUAUGGAACCGACUGCCGUAUAUAUGUACCUGAUCAUCCGAAAAGCAGGUUUAACAAUGUUUAUGACAUCCUUUUUGACGAGUUUGUUAUUGCCCAUAUCCUUGGAUGGUGGGGAAAGGCUAUAAUGAUACGAAACCAACCACUUCUAUGGGUGUUAUCAAUUGGCUUUGAGUUAAUGGAGCUAACUUUUCGACAUAUGUUGCCAAAUUUUAACGAAUGCUGGUGGGAUAGCAUUGUUCUAGACAUAUUGAUCUGCAAUUGGUUUGGUAUCUGGGCUGGUAUGAAGACUGUGAGAUAUUUUGAUGGGAGGACAUAUGAAUGGGUUGGCUUGAGUCGCCAGCCCAAUAUUAUGAGUAAGGUGAAAAGGACACUAGGUCAGUUCACACCAGCACAGUGGGACAAGGAUGAGUGGUACCCUCUGCUCGGCCCUUGGAGAUUCAUCCAAGUGCUAAGCCUGUGCGUAAUUUUCAUGACCAUCGAACUUAACACAUUCUUUCUUAAGUUCUGCCUCUGGAUUCCUCCCCGGAAUCCCUUGAUUGUCUACCGACUGGUCCUUUGGUGGUUGAUUGCGAUACCAACCAUCCGCGAAUACAACACCUAUUUGCAGGACAGGAACUCUGUGAAGAAGGUGGGGUCUUUCUGUUGGCUUUCGCUGGCUAUAUGCAUCAUAGAGCUUCUGAUCUGCAUCAAGUUUGGCCAUGGUCUCUUCCCGAAGUCGAUGCCGUCGUGGCUGAUCAUAUUCUGGACGACGGUGGCCACGCUUCUCACGAUGUUCCUUUUUGUGUGGACAUGGAAAAUUUACCGAACAAUGAUUAGAAAAAGGUUGUGAUUGCAACCAAAGCCAUUGUUUUCUCUGGCCCACACCAUUCUUUUCUCCUCCGAUUCAAUAUUGCCGUGUAAAUAUCCAUUCAAAUUGUGUACAUGUAGCAGUAGGCCAUUAAUCGGUGACCACGAGAAGGUCAGCGUUAGAAAUUUCUUGUUGAUCCACCAGCAGAAUAAGCCCCCCCCCCCCCCCCCCCCUCCUUGCAUUCAUUUCAUGUACCCUGUCAAUCAACUCUGAAACUCUGAAAUUCAUUUGGUCCGACCUACUUCGAUUUAAUGAAAGUAAUGAAAUAAGGUUAUUCUGUCCUAUAAGUUCUCUGA